AUGAAGCGGAAGGAGCAAGGAAGUAAAGGUGAUGAAGCUUCGCAAGGUCAAGCGUUCAUCACAAGGGACAAUCAGCGCAAAGGGCGACCAGUGAAGAAGUCCUGGCCGUGCCACAAUUGCGGAAAGAUUGGUCACUGGAUGGCGGAGUGCCCCUCGCGCAUCCAAGAAAACACGGAGAGACACCGGCCACAGCGUGCUCAAGACAGCGGCGACCGCUAUCGAUCACAACGUGCAAACGUCGCUCAAGAAGAAGACUCGGGCGACUACCUCUUUUCGAUCGGUGAAACGACAUCUGCGAAAUCGAGCGACAUCUGGCUGGUCGACUCCGGGGCGACGCAGCACAUGACGUGCUCCAAGAAGUUCAUGCGGAACUACAAGGGGUUUGACGCUGUGGAUGUCCAUCUCGCGGAUGAUGGAAUCGUCCAAGCAAUCGGCAGUGGGGACAUUGUCAUGUCGAUGAAGACACCCCAAGGGAUGAAGAAAGGUGUGCUCACAAACGUGUGGCACAUCCCAAAGUUAUCCAGAAACCUGUUCUCGGUCGGCCGCUUCACCAAGGAUGUCGGCCCAGUGACGUUCACGAAGGAUGGGUGCUAUGGAGAAGCGAAAGGGACCAAGUGGAAAAUUGGUGCCCGUGAAGGUAAAGGACUGUUCAAGCUGCAAAUGACUCCAGUGGCGCCGGAACAAGCAAAUGCAGCCAAGUCGUCGGGAUGUCAAGGGGGCACCAAGUCGUACCUCUGGCACCUUCGGCUUGGCCACCAUAGGUCACGAUGGACUCAAUUGCAUCGUGACGAAGAACAUUGGAAUUGGCAUCGACAUAUCUUCGGUGAAGAAGUGGGACGUGUGUGA